AUUUCCGCUUCCAUUGCAGACGAUGGUGAGGCGCCCGUGCUAAGCAACCGGUGCAAAUCUGAGUUGCUCGCACUAGCCAUUCCACCAAGCGUCAUUCGCGUGCAUCUACGCGCUUGUUUGCGUACGCUGCGCCCACACGCUUUGCCUGUCGUCCUCUUUCGCUGACAAAGUGCGGAGAGCAUCAGUUAUGAAAGAAGCACGUAUUGGUACAUCCUGUAUGAACUUUCUUUUUACUGCAAGGUGGAGGACAGUUGGCCUUUACGAACAGAAUAUAUACAAAAUGUAGGCAUAUGAAGUGUUGACAGAGUGGUACAUGCAACGCACAGUAUUUGUUCAUACAAUAGCAGUUGGUAUAAGCCAAUUUCACAUUUACUUCACAAAGCUUGAAUAACUCUGAAAGCAUUCAGCAAAUCAACGCUGCUCCACUUCACCAAACAAGCUUUUUAGGAAAUCACCCUAGGACAAUGGCGUACCUUAAGGUCGUGCGAGGCGUCGCGGUGCCCCACGUUUUUCCAGAUGACGCUGUAGUUUCGGGACUGUCGUACAAGGGACGUGCUGGUGAAGUUUACGUCACCACGUACCCCAAGUGCGGGACAACUUGGGUCCAGUACAUAGCAUACGGCAUCUUUCACGAUGGCCAACCGCCGACAGAUUUCGUGCAAUUCUUCAGGCACUCUCCAUUUCUAGAGCUCUUCGGCGUCGAUGCCCUGGGAGCUAUGCAUGGAUCGGGGACCAUCAAGACUCACUUGCCCUUCACCGAUAGACGAGUUUCUUCCGAAGCUAAAUAUAUCUACGUCGCCCAGAACCCCUACGAUGUCUGUGUCUCGUCCUACCACCAAGCGAGGACACACACGAUCAACGCAGAUGAUGUCGGCGAUUUCGGCGAGUAUCUUAGACGCUUCAUCGGCGGAGCUGUUAGCUACGGAGAUUACCUGGAAGGCAGCCUCCUCCCGUGGUAUUCGCGAAGGAACGAGAAUAAUGUCCUCUUUUUGACCUACGAAGACCUAUGUGCUGAAACUGUGUUGCAAGUGAAACGCAUUGCCGAAUUCAUAGGAAAAGAAUACGGUCAACGCAUACAGAGAGACUCUACGAUGUUGCAACGCGUGCUGGCCAUGUCUUCCAAAGACCAGAUGCGUCCAAUCUUUAGGGAUUACAGUAGACAGGUAUUCCAGUUUCUGGUGCAACAAAGGGCCAGCAGAAACGUCCCUAUCUCACCAGAGCUGCAGGAUUUUGUGAAGUUUCUAAAUGACCGUCCCCCAAGGCACGAGUUUAUUCGCAGCGCGGCCGUAGGCGACAACGAAACCUUCUUCACUGAAGCAGACAAGGUGUCUCUGGGAAACUGGAUUUCCUCAAAAACGCUCGGUAGUGACGUCAUGAGCCUGUGGCCAGGCAUCUGCCUUCCGUAAACGCACUGCGCAAGUACUCAGUGAAGUUGCACGAA